CAGCCUCUUAUCCUACAGUCCAACGCACCGACGAUGUAUCCGAGUGGGAAGGACACGACGCCCAGAGCCACGCUCUGGAUGAGGUCUGCCUGACUCACGUUCUCGCGCACUUGCUGGAACGUCGGCUCCUUGUAGAUGACCGGGAAGCGCGGCACAUGCGGGUCGUGCAGCUCCGGCCGCUCACGCUCCACCUCCUUGCCGUCCAUAGUUGUUCUAGCUUGCUUCCUAGAUUUACACAACUUUUCUACACCAUCUGACCUCAACCUGGAUUUCAAGCUUAAGCUGAAUUGUAAGAUCAGACCUAAAAAUCCAGCAGCCAUAAUCAGAACUAGACACUCACCAAGAGACACCAAAUGGACGAAGCGUACGCCGUCAAGCAGACGCAAUUCCUGGGGAAACCCGUGCACUACGUGUGUCAGAACGCCAAUGGACCGUGUCCGCUUCUUGCCAUUGCCAAUGUUUUGCUAUUGCGUGGACAGCUGUCGCUUGAGGGGAUCGUAGAACCGCCGGGUUUCGUGAGUGCCCAAAACCUCAUGCAGCUUGUACAUCGCCGCCUGUUGGACACGAAUCCGCCGGUAUUGCGUCGAUUUCCUUGGAUAAAGUGACAUUAAUCUCCUAACUGGGUUAUUGUUGCUAUAGCUGAGCAAUGCGAGCGAGCUGCAGCGGCUGACACAGGAGAAGACGCUCCAAGACGUAUCAGAGCUACUCCCCAGUCUCUUGGUGGGGUUAGACGUCAACGUGCGCUUCCACAAGUAAGGUUAUGGAUUAAGAGGAGCAGAGAAGAGGGAGUAGACGCUUGACGGGGGUUUUGCUGCCAGUGUUACAGACUUUGAGUAUACCGUGGCGUGCGCAGCCUUUGACAUGCUGGACAUUGUGCUUGUGCACGGCUGGCUACUGGAUGAUCAGGACGACAAAACGGUGUGAUACAGAAUGACGCUAGAGGACUGGUCGUUCCGUUAGUUGCUCAUUUGUUGUACUGAUUCUUGCAGAUGAAAGUGGUGGGGAACAAGUCGUACAAUGAGUUGAUCGAGCGCUUAGUGGACUAUCGCGGUGUGCUUAUGACAGAAGAGACCAAUAAGAGAGCAGCCUCAGAGACAGAGAAACAGGUAGAGAAAGAUGCUUCGUCGAAUAUUGCACAGAGAGAAGAUAUCGACGAAGAGGAGGUGAAGCCUGCAGCGUCGUCUCUUCAGUCACCUAUAGCAACACAAACGACGGGAUUUCAUAACCUGUCGAUUGAUGUCAACUCUACGCCUUCUUCGCCGAAUACAGCGGUAUCUCCGAGCUCUAUGUCGUCAACGAAUUCUCCAAAGAAGAGUCCUUCGCAGCAAACCGUGCAGACCAUGAUGAAGGAGCGUCACAUGAGCGAUGCUGAUGCUCUAGAUACUGCCACCACUUUGUUGGAGGAAGGGCCAGUCCUCGAAGAAUUUUUCAACUCGACAGCUAGUCAACUCACCUACUAUGGGCUCGUGAAGCUGCACGAAGGUAUCCGAGAACGCCAGCUGUGCGUUUUCUUCCGCAAUAACCACUUCUCCACGCUCUUUAAGUUUGAAGGCGCCUUGUAUCUCCUGGUCACCGACGCUGGAUACCUGGAUGAGCCUACAGUCGUGUGGGAAUUGCUGAACGAAAUUGACGGAGACACAACGUAUCUUGACUCCCAGUUUCGACCGGUGACGUCUUCGGAGCAGCAGGAAAACAUCCUCACGCAGCAACAACAGCAGCGACAAAAUGAGGAACAGGAGUUGCAGAAAGCGAGGGCUAUGAGUCUCACAGGUCGCGCAUCCCCUAGUGGAGAGCACAUGAGCAGCGGUAGUGGUGAUACAACCAGAGCUGCUGAGCACACGAUGCCGAGUAGUGGAUUGUUUGGGGAAGACGAGGAACAUCUUGAUCCAGACUAUCUAUUAGCACUCAAGUUCCAGCGGGAAGAAGAAGAGUUGGCGCGUGGAAACAAGCGUGAGUCGCCUCAAAUCUCCCCUCGCCAGGUUACUACCGAACAACCUCGACGUGAGGAGGAUAGAAGUAAUGAGUCCAGCGAGAACGAGGUGAUUCCUGUCACUGCUGAUGGCCAAAUGAUGCUCUCAGAGGAGGAGCUGGAGGCCCAGCGACAGGCUGAACGCUACUAUCAGGAGCAAAAGCGACAGGUUGACGCACAGACGCGUCAGUACCAGCAGGAACAAGAGCGUCAACGCCAACAGCAACAACCAAUACAUGGGCAACGACGAAGACCCUCGCAAGGUAAUGACUGCAUCAUAUCGUGAGAUCUUUUCGAGUUUCUAGGUGCUCGUCCUAAGCAUUAUCCUCGGUACCAUUGGACUCAAACAACCAAGUACAAAUACAACAUGUCGCUCAAGAAUUAUAGAUACAGUAAAUAGUUAUUCCUUUUGCCAUCGUACAAUUCUUUGCGAUUAAAUCUUGAUCCGAACAGAGUCGACAUCCAGCUCCGCCUCCA